GGAAGCGUGGGCUUUGGUCUCUGUGGUUGGGGAUAAUUCAUCAUGCUCAGAAGAUGUGAGGGAACAUGAAAACCUUAACACUGGAGGCAGAGCGGUGGCGAGACGUAACUUCACCACUCCUGAUGGAGUUGGCUUCUCCGUCACUGCUUACAGCGAGUGGAAAACUGGUUACCCCAUCAUGGGCUUCCAGGUGGAUGCUGAAGAUCAGGUGGUGCUAAACUUGCAGGAUGAGGUGAAGCAGACCUGGCAACCAGGUGAUACAAUCGUAAUUGCUAGCACAGACUACUCCAUGCACCAGGCUGAAGAGUUCACCCUGUUGCCCUGCCCCCAUUGUGCCAAGACACAAGUAAAAAUAAAAG